AUGUAUGAGGAGGAUUUUGCAAGAUAUAUACGUGAGAUUGAAGAAAUAAUAUCAAGUAAUUAUAAUAUAGAUAGCUAUAGUAUUACUAUAGAAGAUUCAAAUACUGAAUUGAAUUUUGAAAAUAUUAAAAAGUUGGAUAGAUUAUUAGAACAAGCACAAGAAAGCUUGAAUAAUUUAAAAAGAGAAACUGAGAUAUUAUCAAAUAAGGCUCCACAAUAUCAAUCAUAUCAAAGAUAUGUAAAGGCAUUUACUGAUAUUAAUAAACAAUGUAAUAUUCUAAAAAGAAAAAUAGAAACAAACUCAAAAAAAAAGGCUAAUUAUCAAUUAACAAAUGGAGAUUCUGAUAUAUCAAACUAUUCUAUAACUUAUAAUCUAAAUAAAUAUAAUAGUUCAUCACCAACAGCUACAAUAACAAAUCAAUUAAUAAGUAGGAAUAAUGAUAAUCUAAAUAUAACGACAAAACUAGCUCAAGAAACACAUAAAGUUGGAGAAGAUUCAUUAAGUACACUUAUUAUUCAAAGAGAUACCUUAACAAGAACUAAAUAUGGAUUAAAUUAUACAGACUUCAAUAUGAUGGAAAGUCGCAAGCUAACAAACAAUUUAUAUCGUCAAAAGCUAAUAGAGAGACUUAUAUUAUAUAUCAUUAUUAUUAUAUUAUUAGUUGCAAAUUUAUAUGUACUUAUUAAGAGAAUUUUCUAA